AGGAGUGCUAAGGAGAGACACAGAGGGCAAAGGGAGGGGCGAUAAACACAACAAGGUUACAAAUGAGAGCUGCAGGGAAGCCAAAAAAAAAAGACAGAGGAGGGAAGUAGGCAGUAAGUUUCAAUAUUACAACAACAGCAAUCACUUUUAGCUCAAUAAGUCAAGAGCAAACAAGGGAGACAGAAGGAAGGACAGAGGGAGAGAGCGGGAAAGCCGGGAGAGCAACAGUUGAGUGUUGACUGAGGGAGUGAAGAGAUUAAUGAAAAAGAAACCCCAAAAAAAAAACGCGCGAGAGAGGAGUUAAAGCAGUAGAUACACACUCACUGACAGGACUGGACUCCAGCACUGUGCACUGAGACCAGCACAACAAAGAGGACAGGGGGAAAGAGAGGUUAUUGCAGGACAUUAGGGGUACGCUAUCACACACUAACCUGUACUUUCUUAAAUAUGUGUGAAAAACGUGAGCGGUAGGACAGACGGACACAAACACGCUCAGCUUUCUCUUGAUGACAACACCAUGUUGAUGAAAGAGUACAGAAUAUGUAUGCCAUUGACAGUGGAUGAGUACAGGAUUGGUCAGCUGUACAUGAUCAGUAAGCACAGCAGUGAGCAGAGUGGAGGGGGGGAGGGGGUGGAGGUGAUAUGCAACGAGCCCCAGUCCCAUCCCCAGCAUGGUCCCGGGCAGAUGACUGAAAAACGCAUCUACCUCAGCAGUAAGCUCCCAUCCUGGAUGAGGACUUUUGUCCCGCGGAUCUUCUACAUCACCGAGAAAGCCUGGAACUUCUACCCCUAUACCAUUACUGAGUACACAUGCUCCUUUGUUCCCAAGUUUCACAUCCGGAUCGAGACCAAGUUCGGGAAUGACAAUGGACACAACGAUAAUGUUUUUGGGGACAGCCCCACCCCUCCUGAGAGUGUGAGUCAUCUGGACAUCCUGACUGACCCCAUCCCCGAAAAGCACUACAAAAAAUCAGAGGACCUGAGCUGUUGGGAGUCUGAAAAGACUGGCCGGGGCCCCCUACAGGCUGGUUGGCGCAAUACAACUCACCCCAUAAUGUGCUCUUACAAGAGGGUCCAGUGCAGCUUUGAGGUGUAUGGACUGCAAGGGAGGACAGAGGAAUUCAUACACAAGAAUAUUAGAGACAUCCUGCUGGUUGGGCACAGGCAGGCUGUGGCUUGGACUGAUGAAUGGCAUGGAAUGACUUUGGAUGAGGUCAGACAAUUUGAGAGGGAGCUACAGGAGCAGACCAACAACAAGGUGAAAUCCACACAGAACAACACAGGGUCGGCAUCGAACCCUCGCCCUGCCUUCUCCCGCUCCAUCUCUGUCACGGAUGAGCCAUCCUUGAAAAAGAUGGGGGUGAGGACUCCGACGAUGCCUGACUCGUCUCAGCCUCCAACCCCCAUGCGACUGCACUCCACCCCUGAGUGA